AUAGUUUAAUUUGUACGUGCUUUUUAUGAUUAAGUCUUUGUCUUCUUGUAGGAAAAUCAAUUCUUUGCUAGAGAGCUUUGAGGAUUUCGAAGUGGUACAUCUGUACCGAGAACGAAACAGUGCAGCAGAUUAGUUGGCAGUUGUGGGCCGUAAGUACAGAGACUUGAGCAUGGUGAGCAAUGUAGAGAUGGAAGAGUAUAAUAAUCUCGUGGCGAGCCACAUGACCCAAGAGCCAUGUUUCCCGAUCGGAUUUUAAACAAGGUACGUACUCCCGAAUUUUAUUUGGUUGUUUCUGCUUGUUGGAAUAAAUUUUGGGUGUCAAAUAGUUUUUUUUGGUUUCAAUACAUUAAUUAUUUCAAGUAAAAUAUAUAUGUUUUUUCUGGGUGUCAACGGGUUCGCUCUUGUUCAAGUGUGCUAUAAAUCUAAUUUUAGUUAAGUGGGACAAACAUAACAUAUAAUGGAAAAAAUGAAGUUCGAAUGAAAACAACAUUGUUAACUAACAACAAUACGUAUAAAAAAGACAUUCCAAUGCAAGAGGAUGUUCUCUUUAGAUUCUGACAUUCAAUAAAUGAAAAUUAAAUUUAUAGCACUUGAACAACAGCAAACCCGAUAAAUAUUUUGACACCCAAAAAAACAUAUUUUACUUGAAAUAUGAGAUAAUUAAGGUAUUGAAACAAAAAAAAGUAUUUGACACCCAAAACCCAUUCCAACAAGCAGAAACAACUCAAAUAAAAUUCGGAAGUACCUUGUUUAAAAUUGGAUCGGGAAACAUGGCUCUUAGGCCAUGAGGCUCGCUACGAGAUUACUAUACUCUUCCCUAUCUACAUUGCUCACCAUGCUCAAGUCUCUGUACUUAUGGCCCGCCACCGCUAACUAAUCUGCUGCACUGUUUCGUUCUCGGUACAGAUGCACCACUUCGAAAUCCUCAAAACUCUCCAACAAAGAAUUGAUUUUCAAACAAGAAGACAAAAACUUAAUCAUAAAAAGCACGUACAAAUUAAACUAUUCUGCAAAAUAAUACUAUUCUUUAAUUUUGAAACCUAAUUUACAAGACGGUCUCCAAGUGCUUCUCGAGAACUUGGCGGCUCCCGUUGAUGUAGUUCACGAUUGCAUCACAGUUGCUCAAACAUCAAACUUUUCUCGCUCCAUCUGCCCUAGCUUUCUGGGGGGUCUCAAUGAAGGCAUCUCCCUCCCCAAGUACAACAUCAGAGGGGGAAGUGGAGGAGCGUUGGCAAAUGUACUCCGGAAUGCAGCUAUUGGUGGCGGGCGAAUAAAAAAUUACUUCCCCGAUCCCUCAUCCAGUCCUUGAGCAGUAAGCAUAAUCCACGUGGAUGACUUUCCAGCCAUCCUCAAUUCUCCGUGGGAUGCUUACCAUUACCUUUGUAGGUCCCCUUGUCUUGGGAGUGGACUGGGGAUUCCCUGGGAGAGAUCCCCCGUCAUCCUCCAUCGCCAUCAGCUUUUGUUCCAAGGCAUCAAAUAGAAAUGUUCUGUACUUCACCGGGCAGCGAAAGUACCAUUGGACAAACGAGUCCUUAGGCAACACAUAUGUGGGAGGCAACACAUAUGUGGGUGGCUGGGGGUACUUUGAAUACCUCUCAAUUAGGAGAGGUUUGAUCUCCGUUUUGAAGUAAUCUUCAAAAUCCCCAGCACCCUAAAUUGUUCUAUAUUUAUUGAAUUGCAAUUGAUAAUAAUAAAAUAGUAGUAUUUUUUUAUUUAACAGGAUUAUGAAUUAUACCUUUGGAAAUUUGCUGCUUGCGGCUGAAGAUGAAGCUCCGAUGGUACUGAAACCUUUCAAUGUUUUGAAUAGCUUAGACAUACUCAAUGUAAAAAAAAUACUCCGUAUAAAAUAAAUUUAAAGAUGAUCCUCUUGCUGCCUUCCUCUUCUCUGGGCUAUGUGGCUAGGUAUGCUAUCACGGGGUGAAUUGUGUAGAGCAAAUUACCAAUAUAUGUAAAAAUAAAAAAGAACAACAGGGAGUGACCCUACUCUGUUGGUAUUCAAUUAUUGCAAAUCCUCCCCAUCCACUCAUUUACCAUCUUAUCUUGGCCAAAAAAAAUUGAAAAUGCAGGAAAAGUGACCGGAGUAGGUGACUCCGUU